AUGGAUCAGAGCUUCGGGAAUCUCGGGACCGGAGCUGGUGGGAGCAGCAGCGGGGGCUCCAACUCCAAGGCGGCGGCGGCGGUGUCGUCCUCCUCCUUCCUGCAGCUGCCGCUGUCGACGGCGGCGGCGGCGUCCCGCGCGUACUACGGCGCGCCGCUCGCGCUCCUGCACCACCACGCCGCCGCGGCGGGCGGCCCGGCGCCGUCGCAGCAGCAGCAGCAGUCGCCGUACGCCAACAAGCACGCCGGCGCCGAGGUGUCGGCGGCGGAGGCCGAGGCCAUCAAGGCCAAGAUCGUCGCGCACCCGCAGUACUCGGCGCUCCUCGCCGCCUACCUCGACUGCCAGAAAGUGGGCGCGCCGCCGGACGUGCUGGAGAGGCUGACGGCCAUGGCGGCGAAGCUGGACGCGCGCCCGCCGGGCCGCCACGAGCCGCGCGACCCAGAGCUGGACCAGUUCAUGGAGGCUUACUGCAACAUGCUGGUCAAGUACCGGGAGGAGCUGACCCAGCCCAUCGACGAGGCCAUGGAGUUCCUCAAGCGGGUGGAGGCGCAGCUCGACUCCAUCUCCGGCGGCGGCUCCUCCUCCGCGCGCCUCUCGCUCACCGAUGGUAAAUCAGAAGGGGUUGGCUCUUCUGAAGAUGACAUGGAUCCAAGCGGCCGUGAGAAUGACCCACCGGAGAUUGACCCGCGAGCGGAGGACAAGGAGCUCAAGUAUCAGCUCCUGAAGAAGUACAGUGGCUACUUGAGCAGCCUCAGGCAAGAGUUUUCCAAGAAAAAGAAGAAAGGAAAGCUCCCAAAGGAGGCCAGGCAGAAACUGCUCCACUGGUGGGAGCUGCACUACAAGUGGCCUUACCCCUCAGAGACGGAGAAGAUUGCGCUUGCAGAGUCAACAGGCCUGGACCAGAAGCAGAUCAACAACUGGUUCAUCAACCAGAGGAAACGGCAUUGGAAGCCGUCAGAGGACAUGCCUUUCGUGAUGAUGGAAGGCUUCCACCCACAGAACGCAGCUGCGCUGUACAUGGACGGCCCGUUCAUGGCCGAUGGCAUGUACCGCCUCGGUUCAUGA